GGUGGUGAGUGGAGUCAGGACUCACGAGUGCCGACACGUAGUGUUUAAAUUCUCUUUGGUGUCGACUGCCGACUGCCGAGUGAUAAACAAUAAACAAGUUUUCUGCGAAUAUAUCGAAAAAGUUUAAAUAUUAAAAAUGACCAGCACAGAGAAGAAGCCCUUAUUUAGGGAUCUAAAUGCUGAGGACCCAGACCCAGAAGUCACACAAAUCGAAUCAUUCUGUGUAAAUUGUUAUGCAAACGGUAUGACAAGAUUGCUGUUAACUCGAAUACCACACUACAAGAAUGUGGUGAUAAUGUCUUUCUCCUGUGAGCAUUGCGGCUUUGAGAAUAAUGAAAUACAGGGGGGCGGGGCAUUUGCUGAGCUCGGAGUCAGAUGGAAGCUGCAAGUUGAGGAACCGAUAGAUUUGAACCGACAGGUUGUGAAGAGUGACUUCACCAGUGUUUCAAUACCAGAGUUGGACUUUGAGAUUCCCGCCAAGAGUCAGAAAGGAGAAGUUACAACAGUGGAGGGUAUACUAGCGCGGGCGAUUGAUGGUCUCUCGCAAGACCAGGAGUUGCGCGUGAAACAGCAUCCGGACACCGCAGCUCAGAUAGACCAGUUCAUCAGCAGGCUGCAAGCGUUGAGGAGACUGGAGACCAAGUGGACUCUGGUGUUGGAAGAUGUUAGCGGUAACACAUUUGUCGAGAACCCAUCGGCGCCCCACAAGGAUCCCAGAUGUGUUCGCACAGACUUCAAUCGGGACAAUGAACAGAAUCACACACUUGGCAUUUAUUUGAAUGAUGAGAUGAAGAGCGCAGAUACAGGACUCCCAGGAGUCGUGUCUCCGGCAGACCCUUCCCAGGGCUGCUACGAGAGACUAUCAGCUGAGGAGGUGAUGCAGUUCCCGACUAACUGCCCUGACUGCAACGCUCCAGCAGAUACUAACAUGAAACUGACGAAGAUACCUCACUUCAAGGAGGUUGUGAUAAUGGCAACGGUUUGCGACUCUUGCGGCCACAGAACCAACGAGGUGAAGUCUGGAGGUGGCAUCGAAGAGAAAGGUGUCCGGUUCGAAGUCCGGAUAGCGAACAAGGAAGACUUCUCACGAGAUGUUUUAAAGUCAGAAACUUGCAGUAUGCAGAUUCCGGAGCUAGAUCUAGAUGUGGGGGGAAGGGCGCUCGGGGGAAGGUUCACCACGGCUGAAGGCCUGCUGAGGAGCACAAUCGAGCAGCUGGCAAAUGCUCCAGCCUUGACGGGAGACGCACCAACUUGUGUCGACAGUGACACUAUGAAUCAGUUCAUAACGAAACUUGAAGAAGUCAUCGACGGCAAGCGCGCAAUUACUCUUAUACUCGACGACCCGGCAGGAAACUCGUACGUUCAGAACCUCAAUGAUGACCCGACGCAUUACGAUGAUGGCUUAAAGGUAACCUACUAUGAACGCAGUUUUGAACAGAAUGAAGAAUUGGGUAUCAACGAUAUGAAGACAGAGGGCUAUGAGGACGCUUCUUAAUUUAAUAAAAUUAAUAUAUACUAUAUAUAUCUAAUCAGCAUGUUAUGGAUUUAAAUAAAAAAAAAUACAAAUUAAAUUUGUACCAAAAAUAUUAACGCUCUUUUCAUUUGAAGAUAAUUAUAAUUUUUUAAAUAUAAAUUUAAUAAUUAUAAAUUUAUAAUUUAUUUUUUUUUAAUUCUGCAAUACGUCAAUAUAGAAGUUUCACUUCAAAAAUUCAAUGAGAUUUGGGAAUUUAUUUAAUAAACUUUAAAUGACAGAGUUGUCAGUCAGUACUGUGGCACUUAAGGCGAAAACAAGAUGGCGCGUAACCGAAAAUCGUGACGAUUUGCUAUAAACUUCUCUCAUACGUCGAUAGAUGGAAGUUUCACUUAAAAAAAGAACUUCAAUUAGGAAACUGAAUUGAGAUGUAAUUUUUAAAUUUAUAUCGUUAAAUAUAACUUGAGACCUCAGAAAAUGCAAAACCCUCUCUUUCUAUACGCCUAUCGUCUCUUGUCACUAAUGUUUUGCAGCUUUUGUUGCUUCGAAAAGAUUACUUCCUAAAUUUUUUAUUUUAAAGUGAUAUCCCUCAUUUUUGUGAGUAAUUAUACAAAUUAAAUUUGUAAUCAAAAUUUAUAAACAAUGCGGGACUUGAACCCCCGACCUCUCGGGUUCUGUCCUAGCGCUCUUACCAACUGAACAAACUGUUCGAGUACGCACGGAUCGUAAAUCUUGGUAUGUUUUGUUGAACUCUCAGGUUGUGGCUCCAUCUACAGUAUCUACUUUACAGUUGAUAACCUGCUCAACCCCAAUAAUUAAAUACUAGAAAAUUGACUUGAGAUGUCGCUCUUUUAAAUCUAAACAAUUUGUUAUUUUUACCUGAGAGAUAAACAAGACGUUCCAAGAUUUACGAACCAUGCGUCACUCGGACGUUUGGCUCGGACGGAAAUUCCCGCAUCGUUCAAAAUUGUGGUUACAAAUUUAAUUUGUGUAAGACUAUUGUGCCUGUUUUAUAAAUUUGUUUAUUAUAAGAACAAUCUUGAUUUGUACUGAGUAUAUGAAUAAAUUUAUUUGUUUAUA